AUGUCUCGUCGGAAGUCUCGCAUUCGAACUCCAAGCACUCCAGGUAGUAAAAUUGCGACAAAUGCACUGGCACCGCUGUUCUCUCGGAUCUCACCUAAAGGCCAGCUCCGCUGUCGCGUCCUUCUGGAAGACCAGAUCUUGCUGUUCGAAAACUUCCUGACUGCCAAAGAAUGCAAGGAUAUGGUUAGCUUCAUAGAGUCUCAGCCAUUAGAGCUUACCCUGCUCAAAAAGAAGGGAGAGGCAGAGCGAGUGAAUUAUAGAAUGUCCAUGGUCUCUGUUGAGAUUGCGCAGAGACUCUUUGAAUUGUUGGAACCGCAUCUUCCUGAAUUUCCAUAUCCCGUUUCUGCGAAGCGAGCGAACGAUCCUGACAGACGCAGGGUUCAUUCCCUGAAUUCGAACAUUCGUCUCUACAAAUACACUCCCGGACAGCACUUCGGUCCUCACUAUGACGACUCCGUGCGUGAUGCUAGAACAGGCGCGAAGUCCGAGUGGACUCUAUUAGUCUAUCUCUCGGGUGUAGAGGAUGGUGUCGAAGGCGGAGAAACUUUAUUCUAUCGAGAAGGGAAGAAGAUGCCCGCGGAAAUCAUCACUGCACCGUUGACCCGUGGAACGGCACUACUGCAUCGGCAUGGGUGUGAAUGCCUGCUUCAUGAAGGGUCUCGAAUUGUCAACGGUAUCAAAUACAUUCUCCGCUCUGAUUUGAUGUUCAAAGACUGA